AUGCGGUCCAAGCAGCCCCCUUGUUGGGGUAGUUACAGCUAUGCUCAUGAUGGCCAGCGCAAGCAGAACACGGUGGACCCGGACAUUACCUUUGACGAUGUCGGCGACCAUGUGAACCACCAGGCGGCCGCGACGGUGCGGCGGCGCUCCGCAGCGCCGGACUCCAGUCUAUCGGGCUUCGCAAGUUCCAUCCUGCGGCGGGUGCGGAGGGCCUGGUUUUUCGGGGGCAGUAGCGACAAGGAGGACACCGCCACAGCGUCUUCCACCGAUGUGCCGGAAGUGACCACGACGGCGAUCCAGUCGACGACGUCGCCUCAGUACACGACACGGCGCUUCUCUCGGCAGUCGGACGACGACUUCGACUAUCCGGCCUCGGGAGACGGCUUAGGGGACGACGAAGACCAGGAAGACGUUUCCUCGACUACGCACAGUGGCGCGGGAUACCCCAUCUUCGAGGGUGACAGGAAGACCGUCGGUCGUCCGCACGUACCCGACGGCAGGCCCACCAAGACAACUCACGAUGAACUGCCCCCCGCCGGAUCAUCGCCCAUGUUCCGGAGCUCGGUGCUUAUCCUGAACCAACCCUUCGACGGCACUUGGUGCGCCCCGGACAGCGAGGCCUUUAAACAGCUCAGCGCGGAAUUUAAGCUGCUGCUUUCCUCAAUCCGUGGGCGUUAUCUGCGGCCCCCGCACAACAUUCCCUCCGUCGAGGUCCUUCGCUUUGCGCCGGCCCCCACGCCUGGUGCGCUGACCGUCACCUGCGACAUCAAGCUUCCGCGCGCCGACCCGAGGGACCUGCAGCGCGCCAUCCGCUCGGUCCUGGACGGCGGCCGCCUCGGCAGGUUUCAAGUGUCCGGCCAACAGUCCACCUUCACUCAGCUUGGCG